CCGGAGAUAAAAGUGCAACAUUUUAUCAUUAAAGGCAUAAAAGUUUGCCGUACAACACUACGUCAUUGAUUGAAUCGUCGCCCUGUGUGUGUUGCUGCUCACACGGUCAAGGAAGUGAUCAGUUGCCUGGUGGUCCUAUAGAAUCAUCAACUUGUGCGUUUGUCCCGUACCACGGAACUUAGGAAGGACUAAUUGAAGAAAACAACGUCCAGCAGCUGGCAACUGGAGGGAGCAAAAAGGGUGAGCGUUAAAUGCUCUCCUCCCCACAAUCCUAUCAUAUAACGUCUUACUACCACUGAGCUGAGGCAAGAUGGCACGGCGUAAUGAGGAUGUAGUAGUGAGGAGCGUGUUAGGGCGUCUCAACAAGGUUUCGUUCGCUGUCAACCAGAAUAAGGAGCUGGUGAACAAGUUGGUGACAGAAUUGGGUCAUUGCCUCCAAAGGGAGGAAGGUACUCUGAAGGGUUCCACCAUUAGGCACGCCGGCAGUGCUUACGAGAACCUGGCUGUCAAAAACCAGGCAGACUAUGACCUGAUCCUACAGCUCGGGGAACCCUUUGUUAGUAACAAUUUUACGAUAAUUCAAGACUCUCAUGAAAGGUUUAUGCUGUAUACAUUGCAAAGAAGAGAAAACCCCUUAAUAAGAAAUAAGGACAUAUUCUGCAGCAAGAGGGGCAACCUAAAAACGGAGGAGCUGCGCAAUGACAUCUUUGAAAGACUGAAGAAAAUCCUGAGCACCAUCAAGGUCCCUGGGAUGACACUUAAAGCAUAUCCCAAGUUGGCAGCCAUGCAACUGAUCCUCACAACCGGUAAUAGAGAGCCAAUUGAGAUGGAUCUCACACCUCAGAUUGUUGCCUGUGAGUGGAAGAAUUGCCCUGGUCUGGUAUCCCUGGAGAGUCUCCCUCGGUGCCUUGUAGUCUACGUUGAAAGCAACUCCAGAAGAAAUGCACCAGUUCUGUAUUUUACACCAGCAGUAUUAAGUGCUCAAAAGAAUGAAGCUCAUGAGGUCUGUAAUAUGGUGAGCUUUUCCUUGUUGGAGAAGCAUUUUCUUAAAGAAGAAGUUAAUAUCCAUGAUAUGGUGAGGCUGGCCAAGCUUGUCAAGGAUCAACAGAAUUGGACAAACGAUUAUGGUCUGAAAUCCUUCCAUCUGAAACGUCUGGCCAUCAAGAACGCUGACACACUGAGGACCAUGACAACAUGGAAUGGCUUUAAGGCUCUACUGCAAUUCCUUGAUGUGGAACUAGAGGAAAAAGGAGGCAUAACUGACUGCUUCGUGAACGGCAAUUUUAUCUAUUACAUAACAAAGCCCAAUAAAGUGAAGGGUUUCUGUCAUGCCCUGCGUGAUGUACAGCGAUGGCAGCCUGAUAGGCUGAAUUCCAUGGUGUGAUCAGGUUGGACUAGAUUAACAUUAAAAAUUUCAGGUUCCAUUAUUUUAAGAAGUGUUAAAUUUUCCCAAUUCAAUUUGUUUGAGAAGUGUUCAAGUUGUAAAUUUUAUAAAUAAAUUGAGAGACUAUGAGUUGAUCAUGUGAGGAAAAUCAGUAAUGGUAUAGCUGGUGACAUUAAUUAGAUCUGCUCCAGGAUCUUAAAAUUAUGUACUGAUCUUGGCUUAAAUUCAGCAUUGUGCUUGGUGUUGUACAGUACUACAUAAUUUCUAUACAGUACUACAUAAUUUCUGAACAUUCUCCACAGAUGUUUCCUAUACUGUACUCAUUCAAGGUCAAUGUAUGUAUGUAUGUAACUGCCUGUCACCGUUUAAAAGAGUGGCUCUUUACAGGGACCAGCUGUCUUUUUUUUUUUUUAUACGGGUAUUAGCCCAC